CGACCCGCCCGUGGGAGACCCGCGGCUGGGCUCGCCCUCUUCCCGCCGCGCUGCUUCUUCCUCCACUGCGGAUCCCCGGCGGCUCUGCCAGCUGCUGGCCAACGAAGCCGCGCAAGAGGCAGCUGGAAGCGUCCCUUGCCACUUGCCCUUCUGUUGCGACCCCCGACGCUAUCCGGGACGCGCGAUGCAAGCCCGCCGUCCUUUCGCACCCUAACCGCAAUAAUUCCGAUUUUUCUGCCCGACAACUCUGCGGGGAAAUCAGAUUUUCGCCUUUCGUCUCGCCCGCGAUGGAUUCCACGUUCCUCCGGUUUUGGCUUUGUGCUGCUUUUUCCGGCUUUUUCCUGCCAGGGGUAUCUGGAACAGCUCCAGAGUGUGCCAUUAUGAUGGCCAUUGAGGCUGAACGAGGAAAGUGUCUGAGAUACUCCGUUUCAGAUAAUCUGACUUUAGGUUGUGGAAGCCUCUGGGAUAACAUUAGUUGCUGGCCCGCCGUAAAUUUCGGGGAAACGAAAGUGCUCUCCUGCCCACUCCUUUUCACCUACUUUUCAAAAAUUCAAGGUAACAUCAGCAGGAACUGCACCAGGGAUGGCUGGUCAGAAAUUUAUCCUGCCCCCUAUCCAGUGGCUUGUGGGUAUGACUCCAACAUGACAACCACUGAGGAACAGAGUGUCGUCUUUUACGGCACAGUGAAAACCGGUUACACAAUUGGACACAGCUUGUCUCUCAUUGCUUUGGCAGCUGCCAUGAUGGUCCUCUGCAUCUUCAGGAAGUUGCAUUGCACCCGGAAUUACAUCCACAUGCAUCUAUUUAUGUCCUUCAUCCUGCGUGCCGUGGCUGUCUUCGUCAAGGACAUCAUUUUGUUUGAAAACGGAGAAUCGGAAUAUUGCUUCGUAGGCUCGGUGGGUUGCAAAGCUGCGAUGGUGUUUUUCCAGUACUGCAUCAUGGCUAAUUUCUUUUGGCUUCUGGUCGAGGGCUUGUAUCUUCACACCCUCUUGGUCAUCUCCUUCUUUUCAGAGAAGAAAUACUUCUGGUGGUACAUUGUCAUAGGCUGGGGUGCUCCGAUGCUUUUCAUCUUGGCUUGGACCAUCACGAGGAUACACUAUGAAAAUACGGGUUGCUGGGAUUUAAUCGAAUCUCCGUAUUGGUGGAUUAUCAAAGCUCCCAUUUUGGUUUCUAUAUUGGUCAAUUUCGUGCUCUUUAUUUGCAUCAUUCGGAUCCUGGUUCAGAAGCUUCACUCUCCAGAUGUCGGGCGAAAUGAAGCAAGCCAAUAUUCGAGACUAGCCAAAUCCACUCUUCUUCUGAUCCCUCUGUUUGGCAUCCAUUACACCAUAUUUGCCUUUUUUCCGGACACGGCCAAGAAAGAAGUGCUCUAUGUCAAGCUGGUCUUCGAACUUGUUUUGGGGUCCUUCCAGGGCUUCGUGGUGGCUGUGCUGUAUUGUUUCAUCAAUGGCGAGGUUCAAGCCGAAAUGAAACGCAAAUGGCGUAGGUGGCACCUGGAACACUUCCUGGGUUCGGAUAUGAAGUAUCACCACCCGUCCGUCGGAAGCAGCGGCACCAACUUUAGCACCCAGAUUUCCAUGCUGGCCACCUGCAGCCCCAAAACUCAACGCAGCUCCACUUUUCAAGCUGAAAAGACUCUAGUGUGAGAAGCCUGACCAGCCAACCACGCCUGGCGUAUAAGAUGCAAAGAAAGGCGAUGGCAACAGUAUUUGGCAUUAUUAUUAUUAUUAUUACUAUUUAAGCCCAUUUUUGCAAGCAGACCGGGACAACAUUCUGGGACCCAGAGACUCAGAACGAGAAAGGUUAAAUCUGGACAGAUUCGUCCUUUUUCCGUUCUGGAACCGAAGAGCGUUGCUCACAGCUUUGAAGGCGAAGACUUGAGGGCUUGUGGUUUUUUGCAAGACGUCCCCGCCAGCUUCUACUGGCCUGGCUGGAAUGGACAGGAACAAAUGGAAGACCAGCUGUGAAAAACAAACGUUUGGCAGAUGGCCUUGCCCUUGCCUACUUCUUGGAUCGUGAAAUGUCUGCAAAAAAAACAGCUGAGCUCAAGAGAGCAUCAAGGACCCCACAGGCCUUCUUCCUCCUCGUUAUUUCCCUCUUCCCCCUCUCCUUUCUGCAAACCCCAUUCCCUUCUAGCCCUGAUGAGGUCAUCUAGUCCAGGGCUUUUCAACCUUUUCAUGCAUUCUACCACUUUUAGGAUAAGGCAACAUCCGAGUACCA